UGUAGUUUGUAUGUUUAAGUUGAGAAGUUUAAAGUCCGCUCCACGUGGUUGCUGACUGCCCUCUUUCUGUUGAGCCUCCCCAAUUCCAAUUCCAACCCCAACCCCAACCCUCCCAGUAUAUAUACUUGUGCUACCCACCUCUUUUAUUUUGCGUUCUUAACUUUCACAGAACUUGGGCUUAUACCCUUUUCAACCAUUUUUACUACAACACAUAAGCACUCAACCGAAUUCAAUUAUUUGUUACUAAACCUUUUUCAUUUCCAGGAAAUACAUACUGUAAAAAUUCAAAUAAGAAAUAACUGUCGGAUGGGCAUAUCAUUUUCGCUUUCAUGUCCCUUUGCCACUUACGAAGAUAUCGAAAGCAUCAUUGUCAAAUCUGUCAGUUUGGGUGAUGAUCAGGUUAAAACCCCUGAAAGGUCUAUCAGUUUCAAAGGUGGAGAUGAUUCCGAACCUCUGCUUCUUAAGAAAUCAUUUGGUUCUGGAAAAAUGAUUAUUGAAGGUUCUUUCAGCUUCAAACAAAGAGAAUCCGAUACAUUGAUCUCAGUUAUUCCUAAUUCUCCGGGUUUGGAAUCCCAAAAUAAUGUGUAUCCACAAUCACCGGUUGCUGGUAGUCCUAAAGACGAGGCUGCUGUCAAGUUGCAGAAAGUCUAUAAAAGCUUUCGCACCAGGAGGAAGCUUGCAGAUUGUGCCGUCCUUGUGGAGCAAAGCUGGUGGAAGCUGUUAGAUUUUGCAGAGCUCAAGCGUAGUUCUAUAUCCUUUUUCGAUGUUGAACACCAUGAGACUGCCAUUUCGCGUUGGUCUAGAGCAAAAACUAGAGCUGCCAAGGUUGGUAAAGGUUUGCUAAAGAAUAACAAAGCUCAGAAACUAGCCUUACAGCAUUGGUUAGAAGCGAUUGACCCUCGACAUCGUUAUGGACAUAAUCUGCAUUUCUAUUAUACCAAAUGGCUUGAAUCUCAAAGCAGAGAACCCUUCUUUUAUUGGCUUGAUAUUGGGGAAGGUAAAGAGGUCAGUACAGAGAGAUGUUCAAGGAUAAAACUUCAACAGCAGUGCAUUAAAUAUCUUGGCCCGAUGGAAAGAAAGGCCUACGAAGUUAUCAUUGAGAACGGGAAAUUUGUCCACAAAGAAAGUGGGGAGCUUCUUGACACCUCAUCUGAUCCCAAUGCCAAAUGGAUUUUUGUGCUGAGUACAUCCAAGAAUUUAUAUGUUGGCAAGAAGAAGAAAGGCACAUUUCAGCACUCUAGCUUUCUCGCUGGAGGGGCUACAUUGGCUGCUGGGAGAUUAGUCUUGGAGAAUGGCAUGUUAAAGGCAGUAUGGCCUCACAGCGGUCACUAUAGGCCUACUCCGGAAAACUUUCAAGAAUUUCUCUCCUUCCUUAGUGAAUAUGAUGUGGAUCUUACAGAUGUUAAGUUUGAUCCAGUGGAUGAGGACGAGCAAAAACUAGUGAAGCAAAGAAGCAGUCUCCACUGGAGAAACAACUCUGAAGAAGAACUGGUUGCAGAAAAUACAGUUGAAAUGAACAAUGUCAAUCUGGAUGGCAGUAAUGAAGCAAAACCUGAUGUAUUAGAACAGGAGACUGCUGUUGCAAUGGAUCAUCCCAGACGAAAUAAUUCUAUUCGCUUCAAUAGAAAAUUAACCAAUCUUGAAAUACCUAGAAGAGAUGAAUUGCUUCUAACCAUGCAGAGUGAACAUCUGGCCACAAAACCUAGUGUACAUAAUCAAAUUGAUGAGGACAAUGGUUAUGAUUCAGCUACGGAAGAAGGAUCAGCCUCUGAGCAGGAUGAGCAAGUGGAAUCACAAGGCAUUUUGGUCGAAGAAAAAGAGAAGGAAGAAGAAGAAGAAGAAGAAGAAGUUAUCCCUGCAGAAUCAAUCCUGCAGAGAAUAAAUUCUCAUAAAGGAAUGAAGUCAUAUCAGCUUGGGAAGCAACUGUCUUGUAGAUGGACGACAGGAGCAGGGCCUCGGAUUGGGUGUGUGAGGGAUUACCCAUCAGGGCUUCAGUUCCGAGCUCUAGAGCAAGUGAAUUUGUCUCCAAGGAGUGCUUGUGCACUGACAAAAUCAUUCUUCUCCCCUGGAUCAUUUCCAAAGGCAUCAACACCGAUACCUAUAGUAUCACGAAGAGGCCUUGGGCACUGCCAAAUGCAGUUGUCACCCCUGUGCAAAGGAGGAAAACGUACAUUUUAGCUGUUACUAGUAAAUUAGGAGGUAGCACUGACCAACCAAUAUUCUUUGUUCUUUAUUCUUUCUGUACCUUGUGUAUAGAAUUGAAGAUAGUAGAUUGUUAACAUUAGGCAUUCUUUUCAUUUCUUA